CAAUCAAACAAAAAUAAAAACGUACACUGUCUAUGGCUCAUCAGCGAAUCUUCGCGUGUGUGACUCCGUGGAAGAUAUUUUUAAUUCAGUUUUAAUUAUAGAUCUAUUUGUUUAUACGUUCAAAAGAAUAUAUCGGAGGCGUGCGCGUUAACCAAGACGUUUAGUCAGUGCGAUAUGAAUGCGGAAACAUGUGUUCCGACGUGAACAUUAUGAAGUGAUGACACGAUCAGAAAGUGCAACAACAAAUCCUAAAUCAUAAUUGCCUGUGAUUGAGGCUGUGGAAGAGUUGGUAGUUUGUGAUAAAAAUACGUGUAAAAGUUAGAAAUUGUGUCUGAAUGUGGUGGCGGACAGCCCGAGGGCUCUGGCGAGUGACGGACUGAGGUUUUGUGCCGCUUCCGGUCAUUUGAUGGGGUUGUAAAGUUUUCUGGACUAAAGUCUACCUUGGCAUGGCGAAUCCGGCGAUUGGGGCCUCCUUCGACCAGAAUGACAUGUCCAGCUGGUACUUCGGCGGGCUGUCCCGACCGGAGGCUACUAGACUAUUGCUCAGCGAGACAGAAAGCGGGGUCUUCCUGGUCAGAGACUCCAGGACGAUACACGGCGACUACGUGCUGUGCGUCAGAGAAGACGACCGCGUCUCCCACUACAUAAUAAAUCGCGUCGUCUCCGCCGACGGGUCGACGCGUUUCCGCAUCGGAGACCAACUGUUCGCCGACAUGCCAGCAUUGCUGUCGUUCUACCGACUCCACUACCUGGACACCACGCCGCUGGUGCGGCCGCUGCCGCAGGCCAGCGUCAAGGCGCCGCCGCAACAGCACCAGGUGCUGGAGGUCGUGGUGGCGCGGUUCGACUUCGUGGGCAACGACCCAGAUGAUCUACCGUUCAGGCGCGGCGAGCGUCUCAUGGUGAUCAACCGUGACGAAGAGCAGUGGUGGACGGCGCGCAACAGCCAGGGCAGGACCGGCUCCAUACCCGUGCCGUAUGUGCAAAGGAAUUUGGAGGCGUCCGGAGCGCCCAUCGUGACGGAGGGCAUGACACAGCUGGGCGACCCGCCCAGUCCGCCCACCAACAAUAAGAAUCCGCAGAGGACCAACAUGCAGCGCAUCCUGCCGGCCCUGGCGCGCGUGCGGCAGACGCGCGUGCCCAACGCGUACGACCGCACCGCGCUGCGGCUAGAGGAGGGAGACAUCGUCAGGGUAACCCGAAUGAACAUAAACGGACAGUGGGAGGGCGAGCUCAACGGCCGGACGGGACACUUCCCCUUCACCUACGUGGAAUUUCUCGACGAGCCCACCAGCUAAGCUAUUCCAGUUAUAUAUGUUCAACAUACUUGCGCGUGCGCGUGUGGCAGCCCACUGGCGUUGCACCGUAUGCGGUGCGCGGCGCGUAAUUUUAAAUCCGAGGUCACGCGAAGAGUUCUUUAGGCCUGGUGGUGGCUUGUAAGCCGCAUGGAGAGGCUUGAAGACCUCCGAUUUAGACGGUAUGUUGGCAAUAAUGUUCGGUUAGUACGUUGAAAAUAUGUUUACAGUGUUUCAUGUUUUUGGAAAAUUCACUGUAUUUCUGAUUAUUGACAGUGGAUAAACAGCACAUUGUUAAACUUUUAGAGUUAGACCAAGACAAGUCUGCAACGAUUUUGAUAGCAUACGCAGUGCAAGUGUUAUUUAUACGUCAUAAUUUCAUAGAAGUUUGACGUUUAAAAUAACACUUGCACUGCGUGAGCUAUCAAAAACGUUGCAGACUUAGACAAGUCUAACUCUACCUUAUUCAUAAAACUUUACGGGCCUGAUUUAGUUAAAUUAUGUUUUAUCCCAUUCUUACAAAUACAUAGUUAAAAAUGACAGAUAAAGACAAACGAUUCAUAGCUAAUUCAGGCCAGUAACGCGUUUAUGAAUAACGCCAUUAGUGUUGUGUCAUUGCGAAAGAGUAAAAACUGACUUUUUCCUAAAAGGCUAAAAUACCAUAAAAUAGGAAAUUCAAUACCACAAAAAUAAUACCGGACUGAUUUCAAAUGGUUGUUUCGUUUCUGACUGAACGGAAUUAGAUGAAUGCUCACGUAAUCAUUAUUUUAGAUAUUUGCCCACCGACCGGGCCUGUGCAUGUAAUAAUUAGAUAAAUUACGAUAAAAAUUAUAGACAAAUGAAUACUGAGACUCGUAGGAAAAGUAAAGGAAGGACGCUAACCACGAAUAAUUUCGAACAUUGACCCUGUUGUUAUAGUAUGAAUGUUCUCAAAUGAUUUUUAGGCCUCAGACCCUAAUCCGUUAAACGAAAGCCUUUGUUUCUUUUAUGGAGAGGCGCCUUAGUCGCGUGUCAAAGCAAUAAUGUCGUUAAAAAGCAACUAUCGUGAUAGUAUUGUUCAAAAUGUAACAGCUCAUUCUAAAAUAACGAGUUUGGGUAAUGAAGGACGAUCGGUUGUCUGUGUUAGAAUACAGAGCUGCCAAAUAAAUUUGAACCAUAUUAAUAGGACGAUGAAAUUUCUUUUUAAACGAGUUUGUUCCCGUUCAGUCAGUAGCGGUAGCAUUGGUAACCGCUGAACAAAAGAAACAAAGGCUUUUGUUUAACAGAUUAGGGCGUGAGGCGUAAAAAUCAUAUGAUAAAAUUCAUACUAUACUAUAGUGCGACAUAAAAUAGUAGAAAUUGAAUAAAAUGGAACUUAAAAAAAUUCCAUACUAAAUUGUUGCCAUGUCAUUUUACGUCAAAAAUGUGACAGUUACGUAGGAAGUGGCGCCCUCAAUAAUUUUCUACAAUUUCUUGUCGGGCUAUAACUAUCGCACGCGCGUUAUAUUGCUCCCGCCCAUGAUGCCGGCGAUCAAUGCCACUGUGCGACCGGGAACGCAAUAUUAUUUUGCGCAUGCGAUAGAGAGAGAAACAGGCGGGUCGAUGUACGAAAUUAUUCGCGCUUAGCGUCCUUGCUUUAGUGUAAAAUAUACGCAUCGAAAUGUAAAAACGUAUCGAGAUCUAACGAAAAGUCAUGUGAUCAUUUCCAUUCGUUAAGAUUGGCGUUUACUACAAACAAUUAUCAAUUGGUUUGUCAAAUUAUACAAUUUAGUUACCGCAAAAUGUAUGGCCGUACAGAGCAAUUUAUUUUAGCUGUCAAAUUUGCAGCUAUAAUAUUUUGCACUAAUAACACAUUCGCGGACACGAAUGCUAUAGCAUUCGCGUAGCUUUUUGUUUCCUUUGGCAUAUGACACAUGACGUCACUAACCGUCCGCGAACGUGUUUUCGUAUAUUCUUUGUCAAUAAUAAACAUCAUGUUAUGUAGAACUAUACACAAAACACAUAUUUUUACAUGACAAUAUAGGUAUAUGUAUGUACAGUCGUUUUAACUAAAUGUAACGCAUAAAUUGCAAAAGGAUUAACGAAUUUGAACAACAAUAUUUAUUAACAUUGUAAUUAUUUAAACUCAUUUAUAAAUUGUGACGUUGUCAAGCAAAAAGGUACCACAUUGUCGCUUACCAUAAGGAUGAAUUUUGUUCGUAUCUUUAUACGAAUAGCCUGUCAGAGCGUCCUUGUGCUAAGCGACAAUGUGGUACCUUUUGCUCGAGAACGUCACAAUUAUAUAUUUUGUACGUUUUGUCGUUUAAAACUAUUACUAAAGAAAGGACGCUUAGCACGAGAAAUUUCUGUCUGUCGCACACUCACACAACGCGAGUGGGACAGCAAUAUAAUUACACGAGUGCAAUAGGGAUAACAACAGGCGGGUCAAUGUAUGAUAUUCCUCGUGGUAAGCUCAUUUUCGCUAUUUUGAGUUAUGGCGCUGUUUUUAAACUAUUUGAAACUAAAAUUCCAAUAAAAUAAUCUGAUGUUUUUGCAUGUUACAUUUUAAAUAAGGCAUUUCAUCUAACAUGCAUUGUGAAUCUUAUUAAUAAGGCCGUAUGGUGCACUUUUGUACACGUUAAUAUUGCAUUUUGCGCUUCCCGUACUAUUCUAAUAUUUUAAAUAUACUGGGGAUAGUCGAUAUAAUUUACACAAUUUGUAAUUUUGAUGACUUAAAAUAGUAGGUACAUUGGCACAGGGCGGACACGCUAUACAUCUAAAAUCACUUGCGUUUCUAUGUGUGAACGGCACGUCUGUGUGUCCGACACGCGUCAUGCGUCAUAGUGUGAGUAAGUUGCUUAAAAACAGUACUGAGCGGUCGGCAAACGGCCGUCAAUCUGCUGUCGCGGGGCGAGGGCAUUAGAGUCGGGACGGGGCGGGGCGUGGCCGUUCUAUAUGAUAAUACUAUUACUUAUUCUGUGACAUUAGUGUAAAGUAAAGUACGCUAAGCGCGGACAUUUUCGUACAUAUAAAUAUUACGGGCCUUUAAAUAUUACGUAACGCAAUGUUCAAAGAUUCCAAAGGAAAAAAGUGACUGUAAAAUAUCAAAACAAAAUCAAAGCAAAUUGAUUCAAAAUGAAUGUUAUUAAAUAUUUGUGGUAUUUUCUAUAAAAAGGGACCUUAUUGUUGGUGGCGCUUACGCCAUUAUUAACGAUGCUCUGAUAUAAAUACAGUGCCGAGCGACGCUGUGUGGCGUAAGCGCCAUCGACAAUAAGGUCCCUUUUCAUAGAAAAUGCCCCAUUUAUCUUUCAAAAUCAUCAUUUUAAAAGUCAAUUCUACCAGCAAACAUGAGAAAACAACUCAAGCCUUUACCAGCUGGUGUGGUGAAAAUUAAUAUACAGUUUUGUAAUAUUUCGGCUCAGUUCAGUAUAUUUUAAGUAAAAUUAUUUAAAGUUCCAUGAGGAAUUGAAUAUUUUAACAACAUACAUCGAAUCUUGGGUGUUUUUCGAUUUUUAUACCAAACAUUUUAUAUACAUAUGUCAUUAUGUAAUUAGUAUAACAUGUUCUUUAAUUAAUAUUUUACUAAACACUUUUAAAGAGUUGUGAAAUACGGAAUUGGUGUUACAAAAAUAAAAUUAGAAUAGAAGAAAAAUGGGUGGUUUUCAUAAAAGCAUAAUUUACAAAUACCUUGUUUUAUACGCACAAAGGCCUACGUGGGAUCCUCGCAACGGCCAGUCUUGCAUCUAAUGGUUUUCAGAGAUCUUGAUCUGGGGGCCUAGCUAAGAUGCCAAUUUUUUAUGUUACGACAACGAAACGCUUUCUGUCUCUAUCACUCUUACAUAUUAGUGCGAUAGAGACAGAUAGGGUUUCGUAGUGGUAGCGCAAACGAUGGGCUCCUUGGCUAGGCACCCAGAUCGUCGAUCUACCUUGGCAGGUCUUCCCCUCGAUAUUUUCAUCCAUAUGAGGUUUUUGUUAGUUUUUAUGACAACAACCUUUUUUUUUCACCAAACCUGAAUUUAGCAUGAAAAAUUUGCAAAUGCAAAUGAAUACUUGGGUCAAAAUUAUUUUCGUUGUCGUUUUUGUCCCCAAAAAAUGUGACGCAAGUGAAGCUGAAUUAUGGGGUGAAAUUUAGUAUUAAACUUUUCUCAAGAGAAUUAUAAUCUAUAGGUACAGCUAGAAAGACAUGCAAUAACACUCAACUUUUUUUAAUUAUUUGAUAAAAGACAAAAAUAGAAGCGUGACAGUGGUCAGAAACGACGAAAAUAUUUUUGACCCACUUGCGAAAUACAUGGACAUAUGUGGUAUUUUCUAUAAAAAGGGACAUUAUUGUCGAUGGCGCUUACGCCUUUAUUAACGAUGCUCCGAUAUAAAUACAAUGCCUCGCGACGCUGUGCGGCGUAAGCGCCAUCGGCAAUAAGGUCCCUUUUCAUAGAGAAUGCCCCAUAUAUUUUAUAAGAUAAUAUAGCUUGAACAGGUUGAAUCACAGGCGUUUUUAGCAUGCAAUAAUAAACUAUAUCACUAUGGAAAUAAGAUACAUUUUAAUUUUACCUACACAAUCGUAAAAUAUUGUAAAAGAACUAUUGACUCUGUGCGCGACUGUAGCGCCCACCUGGCGGCUACGGAACACGACAAAAAAUUGAUUCUUUGUGUUAAAAAUGUUGCCAAGUCGAGCGCGUUAGUUGCUUUUAGUUCCCCCGCCACGCUCUUCGCGCACAUAGCCAAUGUUUUUUUUUAAAUACAUUGUCACGCAAGAUGACGGUGUCAUGCUGUCAUGGAAUGACAAUACAACAUUAAAAUCUUGGGCCUUUUCUACAUACAGUGUUAUUGUAUGUACAGUCGAAGGCAAAGAUAUCGAUCCAGACAAAUGGCUCAAUAAUAUGUGAACAUGACUUUAUUGUCUAAGGGAAGGGAAGGGAGGAAACUUUGGGAAUGUAUAUAUAUUUAUGCCCUUGACUGUACUUAUGUUUGUCUCGCUAUCUACGCCUGUGUCUCAACCAUUCAUGUAUACUUUGAUAAUCUUCCAAAAUAAUGAUAGUCAAUAUUUUUAUAAAAAUUGCUGGUGCAAAAGUAUUUAGUUUAGUAUUAUACUAUUAUAUUGUAGUCAGCCGGCCAUGAGUGAUCCUAACUUCUGGUUCACUUAACUAUGUAACCUAUAGUGCUUAAUCUUGUACAUUUUUAUGUGCAAUAAUAAUAAUCUAGGUAUCAUUAUUAUCUAUUGUAAUCGGGCACAUUAAAAAACUGAAUCUUAAAAAAAAACCUAGCAACAUUGGCUUCAUUCGCACAAGCGCUUUUUCAACGCGCGUUUAAAUGACACAAAUGGAUACAUGUGUAUUCAUUUAGACGAGGCGGUGGCGUUUUUUAUUAGGCGUUGUUGGAUUUUCGACUUUAAGCCUUGGUCGUUAAAACGAAUUUAGCGUGCGGACAGAUUCAAGCGUUUUUUGCGCCUAACAUCAUUUGCUCAGUGUUGCUAGAUUUUACGCAAAUUUUUACUGGUAUUUAAAAAUGUCCUCAUAAUAAUGGUUUAUUAUGGCACUUGCCUACGAGAAUAGUAGAUUGUUAACCAAGGGACGAAAGGCACUCAUUUCUGCCGAGGUAUUUUGGCGCUCGAAUGCAGUGAGAGCGCCAAUAGUCCGAGGCAGAAAUGAUGCCUUUCACCCGAGUUAAACACUCUACUUUUCAUUUCGAAUACGAGGAAAGUAAAAUGCAUGUAUUUUUUUUAAAACAUGACUAAGUAUACAUUUUUAUAGUAUUUCUUGAGGGUACUUUCAAUUAACAAUUCAGACAAAAGUAUCGUUAUUUAUGGAAUGGAGAGUCAAAUAUCAAAAUGAAAAAUUUAUUACAAAUCCAUUUAAACUCAAAUUUCAAUUGCGUAUCGUAAAAAAAUUAAAAAAGUCGUACUUCGAACGUAAAAUGCUCUAGUGCAGACACGUAUAAUUUUCUGCGCACCUUUUAGAACAACAAUGACCCUCUUUCAGAGCAUGAGAAAUGAAAAGAAAAUAACGAUCUAUGUUUUCGCUCAAGAACCGUGUUAAAUGUAGAUUCUGCUUGAAAAACCUUUAAUAACAAAAAACACUAUUCGUAAAAAAUAUCGUUAGCGGUGAGACAGCUGCCUAGCCUAUACCCUAAUAAAAAUAUAUGUUGGCCUUUUGGACGCUAUCUCAAAAUCUGUAUUCAACAUGGCUGCCGGCAUAGAGUAUUCAUAUUUUUACAAAAUCAACUUUAUAUACUCAUGGACAAAUUUAGAGGAACGCAAAAAAAGGUUUAAUUGCUGGAUAACAUCACCUCAAGCAAGCGCAAGCGCUGGUGGCCUAGCGGUAAGAGCGUGCGACUUUCAAUCCAGAGGUCGCUGGUUCGAACCCCGACUCGUACCAAUGAGUUUUUAGGAACUUAUGUACGAAAUAUAAUUUGAUAUUUGCUAGUCGCUUUUCGGUGAAACCGAACUAAUAUCCCAAUAAGUUUACCCUCUGGUUUGGAAGGUCAGAUGGCAAUCGCUUUCGUAAAAACUAGUGCCUAGAAGAUGAGCACCUAAAGUCAUUUCAAAAUUAGUAAAUAAACUUUUAUUUGCUUUCCUCAAAAUUUGUCCAUGUGUAGUUUUUUCUACACAAUUUCUUUCUCAUAGUUGUGUUAUUUAUUAUAUUUGUUACCUACUUUAGUUUUUAGCAAAUGGAUAGUUGAGUCUUGCUGAACUCAAUCUAAGUUAAAAUAUAUAUAUAAUAAUUAAAAACACGAAUUGGGAAUGUAAAUACCAAAUGUCACUGUAAUAGUCACUAUCGAUUUGAGAUUAUGUGUCAUAUAAUGUACUGUAUAUUGUAUACUUUAAGGCAUUUAAAAAAAUUGUCUAAUUUUUUAAGUUAUGUGUAACGGCUUAGUAAUAAAAAUAAGGAA